CUGAAGUGUGUGUGUGUGUGUGUCGGUCGGUCGGUCGCGGGUUCAAAGUCUGAGUAGAAAAUUAUUACAUUAUUCCUAGAUAGUACUGUUAUUUAGCUUAAAAAUCUUAUUAAAAGUAUAAUCAUGGCGAACCACAAGUUACUAGGUGCACUAAAAUUCUUGAAGAAACGAGAAAGCUUAAAGUUUGUAAAUGGUCUGCAGACGCGAUCAUACGCUGCUGGUGCCAGCCAAGUUCAUACAAGGUGCAAGAAUGUCAAUGGCGUAUACGUUGUCACUUUAGACUCUCCCAAUGUUAAGGUUAAUUCAUUGAACACUGCGGUUAUGGAUGAAGUGAGAAAUAUUGUAAAUGAAGUUGAGUCAAAUCCCGCCAUUGAAGCUGUGGUUCUGAUUUCUGGUAAACCCGGGGUCUUCAUAGCCGGAGCUGAUAUUGGCAUGAUUGAAAGCUGCAAAACAAAGGAAGAAGUUGUUACAUUAUCAAAAAGUGGUCAUGAAAUCUUCCGCAAGAUAGAAACCUCACGCAAGCCCUACAUUGCCGCUGUCCAAGGCUCCUGCCUGGGAGGUGGUCUGGAGACGGCCCUGGCAUGCCAUUACAGGAUUGCUGUGAAGGACAGCAAGACUGGCUUCGGUCUACCUGAAGUCAUGCUCGGCCUUCUCCCUGGCGGUGGUGGCACACAAAGAAUGCCCAAACUCACUUCUAUACCGACCACUUUGGACCUAGCACUGACCGGCAAAACAGUUAAAGCUGAUAAAGCGAAAAAAUUGGGAAUUGUAGAUCUGAUAGUCUCUCCUCUAGGGCCUGGCAACGGAACCCCAGCUGAAAACACAGCCAGAUACCUGGAACAUGUUGCUGUUAUGGUCGCCAAAGAAAUAACUGCUGGCAGAAUUAAGAUUGACCGCUCAAAGAAAGGCCUUGUUAACAAAAUCACAGAGACUGUUAUGGGCUUUGACUUCAUCAAGGACAUCAUCUUCAAGAAGGCCAAGGAACAGGUCAUGAAGGCUUCCCGCGGACUCUACCCUGCACCAUUGAAAAUCCUAGAAGUGGUCCGCACAGGGGUGGACAAGGGCGCGGCGGCGGGCUACGAGGCGGAGGCGCAGGCGUUCGGCGAGCUGGCCAUGACGCCGCAGAGCAAGGGACUCAUCGGCCUCUUCCGCGGGCAGACAGAGUGCAAGAAGAACAGGUUCGGCAAGGCACAGGUUGAUGUGAAAACGAUCGGCGUGCUAGGCGCGGGCCUGAUGGGCGCGGGCAUCGUGCAGGUGUCCAUCGACAAGGGCUACCACGUGGUGCUGAAGGACGCCACCAACGCGGGUCUCUACCGCGGCGUGGGGCAGAUACAGAACGGACUUGUGAAUGCUGUGAAGAGGAAGAGGAUCUCUUCCCUACAAAAGGACAUGUUCAUUGGCAAGCUCGUCCCUACCCUCGACUACGCUAAGUUCAGCACCGCCGACUGCGUCAUCGAGGCCGUAUUCGAAGACAUCAACAUCAAGCACAAAGUCAUCAAGGAGAUGGAAGCAGUAGUCCCUAAACACUGCAUCAUCGCGACCAACACCAGUGCCAUCCCGAUUACUAAGAUUGCCGCUGGUAGUAGCCGCCCUGAAAAGGUUAUCGGCAUGCACUACUUCUCCCCCGUGGACAAGAUGCAGCUGCUGGAGAUCAUCCGGCACCCCGGCACCAGCGACGACACGGCCGCCGCCGCCGUCGCCAUCGGGCUCAAGCAGGGCAAGGUCGUCAUUACUGUCGGUGAUGGACCCGGGUUCUAUACCACGAGGAUACUGUCCACUAUGCUGAGUGAGGCUGUCAGACUGCUGCAAGAAGGCGUGGACCCCAAGGAGCUGGACAAGAUGACGACGCAGUUCGGGUUCCCGGUGGGCGCGGCCACGCUCGCGGACGAGGUCGGCAUCGACGUCGGCUCGCACAUCGCCGCUGACCUCUCCAAGGCAUUCGGCGACCGCAUCGCUGGGGGCGACCUCGGCAUCAUGCAAGACCUGGUGAAGGCAGGCUUCAUGGGCCGCAAGUCGGGCAAGGGCUUCUACGUGUACGAGAAGGGAACCAAGAACCGCGACGUCAACCAGGACGUCAUCCAGCUGCUGAAGAGCAAGUACUCGCUGGAGCCCAAGGGAGCUAAUACGGUGGAGGACCAGCAGCUUAGGAUGGUGUCGAGAUUCGUGAACGAAGCAGUAUUAUCGUUGGAGGAGAAGAUCCUGCACAACCCGCUGGAGGGCGACGUCGGCGCCGUGUUCGGGCUCGGCUUCCCGCCCUUCUCCGGGGGACCAUUCAGAUGGGUGGACCAAUUCGGUGCUGACAAACUGGUGAAGAAAAUGGAAGAGUUCCAGGAACUGUACGGAGCUCCCUUCAAGCCUGCCCAGACCCUCAUCGACAUGGCCAAAAACAACACCAAAUUCCACAACAAUUAAAUAUCAGUGCCUUCCCUUUCAGUGUGUAGUUGAGAUUUUGUGAUGGUAAGAGUGUAUGAGAUUUUUAGAAAAACAAAUUUUAAUAUUUUAUAGUCUAUUUUACUGUAUUGUUAUCAUAUCACUUUCAUUUAAUUUUAGAAGUCAUAAAUGAAAACUGAUAUCUCAUCCGAAAUCAUGACAAUCGAAAUAUUAAUCAAGCUUCAUUUAUUUCGACUAUUGUCUUGUGUUAUUAUUGUUGCUGCGAAUGAAUCUGUAAUUAAGGUUUAAAUGUGAAAAUAAAACUAUUUAUUUUA